UUCGAACACAUCCCUGUGGAUUCAACAACCAACAACUCAAAUGUCAAAGUUUGAGGUUAUCAAAACGCCUAUAAUUUAUUAUCAGGAUUCAAGAACAAAUAAAUCACUAGUAAAAUGCUGGUUUUAGUACUAGGGGAUCUACAUAUUCCACAUAGAUGUAACAGUUUGCCAUUCAAAUUCAAAAAAUUGCUCGCUCCUGGGAGAAUUCAACACAUACUUUGCACCGGCAAUUUAUGCACGAAAGAGUCCUACGAUUACUUGAAAACCUUAGCUAGUGAUGUUCACAUAGUGAGAGGAGAUUUCGAUGAUAAUUUGAAUUACCCAGAACAAAAAGUGGUGGCAGUUGGUCAGUUUCGAAUAGGCCUAACUCAUGGGCAUCAGGUGGUGCCUUGGGGUGAUCCAGAAUCUCUAGCAGUGAUGCAGAGGCAGUUGGACGUUGAUAUCUUGAUAUCGGGUCACACACACAAAUUUGAAGCUUAUGAACAUGAGAACAAGUUCUACAUUAAUCCAGGAUCUGCUACUGGGGCGUAUAAUGCUUUAGACAACAAUAUCAUUCCUUCUUUCGUGUUGAUGGACAUCCAGAAUACAACAGUUGUUACCUAUGUUUACCAACUUGUAGGAGACGAUGUCAAGGUUGAAAGAAUAGAGUAUAAGAAAGUUUAAGAGAUAAUUUCCAUAUUUUUAUAUAGGCUAUAAGGAGUUGAGCUCUCAUGUUAUUCUGAUUUUUAUUUGUAUAUUAUUACUUUUAAAACAAAUUGUUAAAAUAAUUGAGUUAAAUCGAAUUAUAUUUUUUAAGAAUGAUAUAUCCCCGAUGUAUAUAUUUGAGAAGCAAUUGAAAGUUGCAUUUAUUGAAUUAAUCUCCAUGUUUGAAUGGAUGUGAGGAAGGAUUGUAAUUUGAGAAUGUUUUAAAUUAUAUGGAACAAUCUAA